UGUGCAGUACAGUAGCUCUCUUGCUUCGUAGAGCGGCACUUCGUCACUUUCGCAUCCGUGCGAAAUCCCGAACGAACAAGUGGAGCGAGCCGCGUCGCCAUCUUUAGGAACGGUACCGACUGUCUCUGCUACCGCCGCCUGCUUCGUUUUAAGAGCUUAAAAUCAAUCCGCGAUUAUAGUAAAAGAAUUUUGUGUGUUAGUGCGAUAGCGCGUAAUUUAUUUUCUAUCGCGAGAAGACGCGAUACACAUUCGUUCGCGAUGUUCAUUUAAUACGUUCAAAAUUUGUGUGUGCGUACUGUGCAAGUUGAGCAGACGACGUUUCGCAAGUAUUUCAAGGGUUGAGAGCGAUCGAAACCGACGUUGUUUUCUCGCUUUAUCGACCCUUGUUUAAACUAUUGUUUCUGACCUGCAAUUUUGUCAUUCGGUUCCUACUAUUUUGAGAACUAGUGUUUAGUGUUUUGAUUUGUCAAAGAAAGACAAACACAUCGGAGAAAGACGUUUAUAGUGCAUGAGAAUACAAGUCAAAGUAGAAAUAAAGAGAGAAGGAUAAGAAAAGAAAGACUGAGACAGCUCUAGUAGACGACGACAACGACGGGCUAGUACGAUUGACAGGAAAGAUGGCGCGAGGUACGGACGAGGAUUAAUGCUGACCCAUUUUUCCGCGCGAAAUCGCUCGGUCUUACUUUGUCAUACAAUUAAGGAACUACUAAGUUUCGAACCGAGUGUGAAAAAUUGCGGUUAAGUGAAUUAAAUUAAAAAAAAAGAAAGGGGUAGUCUGCUAUUGGUACGAGUGUAUCCAUCGUGCAGUGUGCGCGUGUGCCCAGUUCUUGCAUAAGUGUGAGUGCCCUUUCGGACGUAUAGGUCUCAUAGGGCCAGCAUUGACGAGUAUCGGAUAAAGACUAUUGAAGACCGUCGGUAACAAUAAGAGUGAGUAUAAUAAAGGGAAACAUAGGAAAUAAUAACAAUUUCGAAAAGACUGGAGUUUGGUGGGGCCUUGAUAGGCUCAGCUACGGAAGAGGACAAACGAAAACGAAAACGAAGACGCGGUCUUCUGGAACUUCUCGAGCUGUAUAGAGCCCUGGCAGGCUCGGGUACAAGCGCGGCUGCUAAGAUGGGCAACAAUGCCGCGACUGCAAACAAAAAGGUUGACGCUGCUGAGAGCGUCAAGGAGUUUCUUGACAAGGCAAAGAAAGAGUUCGAGGACAAGUGGAAAAGAAACCCGACGAACACUGCUGGCCUCGAUGAUUUCGAGCGGAUCAAGACACUCGGUACUGGCUCGUUCGGUCGUGUCAUGAUAGUGCAACAUAAACCAACUGGGGAAUAUUACGCCAUGAAGAUACUCGAUAAGCAAAAAGUCGUGAAACUUAAGCAAGUCGAACACACGCUUAAUGAAAAAAGAAUAUUGCAAGCGAUUAGCUUUCCAUUUUUGGUGUCCUUGCGAUUUCACUUCAAGGAUAAUUCUUACCUUUACAUGGUUCUCGAAUAUGUGCCGGGAGGCGAAAUGUUCAGCCAUCUACGAAAGGUUGGUCGUUUUUCGGAACCACACUCGCGCUUUUACGCGGCACAAAUCGUAUUAGCGUUUGAGUAUCUUCACUACCUCGACUUAAUCUAUAGGGACCUCAAGCCAGAAAAUCUGUUAAUCGAUUCACAAGGCUAUUUAAAAGUCACAGAUUUUGGUUUCGCUAAAAGGGUACAGGGUAGAACAUGGACCUUGUGCGGUACGCCAGAAUAUCUCGCGCCUGAAAUAAUUCUCAGCAAAGGUUAUAAUAAAGCUGUAGAUUGGUGGGCGCUUGGUGUGCUUGUCUAUGAGAUGGCUGCCGGUUAUCCACCGUUCUUUGCUGAUCAACCAAUUCAAAUUUAUGAGAAGAUUGUUAGCGGAAAACCACGAUUUCCGUCUCAUUUCGGAUCCGAUUUGAAAGACUUACUACGUAACUUGCUACAAGUUGAUCUUACCAAAAGGUAUGGGAAUUUGAAGGCUGGUGUAAACGAUAUCAAGGGUCACAAGUGGUUCGCCAGUACCGAUUGGAUAGCUGUCUUCCAAAAGAAAAUCGAGGCCCCAUUCAUACCAAAAUGUAAAGGGCCAGGAGACACGAGCAAUUUCGACGAUUAUGAAGAGGAGACACUUAGGAUUUCACUGACGGAGAAGUGCGCCAAGGAAUUCGCCGAAUUUUGAAUUCCCAUAUUGAUUCAAGAUGGAUAUAUGUGUCGUGUAUGCAUUCAUAUGCGAUGGUUUGUCGCUCAUUGCUCGCUUUUCUUCGAGCGAAAAAGAUAGAUGAAGUAAGGAGAGAGACAGUAAUAUUAGGAGAGAGUAAGAGAGAGCGAGAGCGACAGAGAGAAAGAGAGAGAGAGCACGAAAGAGUGUAAGAAAGAUAGUGUAAAUGAAAGAAUGUAUUAUAUGUAUGCAAGAUGGGAAGAAAGCGUGUACGUGUGUGUGCAUGCACAUGUAUGAUUGUGUGCGUUUGCGAGUACGCUCGGUACAAUAAUGUACAGAAGGAAGAUGGUUAGAAGAAUGACCAAAAAGAAAAAAAAGUAAGGAAGAUAAAUAUAUA